AAAGUGUCUUCUAACCCAAAAGGUGACCUCUUGUAAGUCCACUAUAUUAUUUAAGGGGCACACUAGCUAGCUAGGAAAUAAACAACCAAGUAACAGAUCGAUAGAGCUUUUCUUCUUCCUCAAAGGAAAAAAAAAAAUAUAGUAAUAAUAAUAAUUUUGUGAAGAAAUUACGGUAAUGCCGAUUUCAAGAAUUUCUCUUGGAAGUUUAGCAGAGGCUAGCCAGCCUGAUGCUCUCAAGGCUGCAACAGCUGAGUUCAUUUCCAUGCUCAUUUUUGUUUUUGCCGGCUCGGGCUCUGGCAUGGCCUUCAGUAAGCUAACGGAUGGUGGAGCAGCUACGCCGGCUGGACUGAUUUCGGCAUCCAUAGCACAUGCCUUCGCUCUUUUUGUGGCAGUUGCAGUCGGUGCAAACAUUUCUGGAGGACACGUAAACCCUGCAGUUACAUUUGGUGCAUUUGUGGGAGGUCACAUUACACUUUUCAGAAGUGUCUUGUACUGGAUCGCUCAAUUGCUUGGAUCUAUUGUGGCUUGUGUGCUCCUCAAGUUUUCAACUGGAGGAUUGGAAACAUCAGCGUUCGCGCUUUCAAGUGGAGUGACACCAUGGAACGCAGUUGUUUUCGAGAUAGUAAUGACUUUUGGCCUUGUUUACACUGUCUAUGCAACUGCAGUUGACCCCAAGAAGGGUGACUUGGGAAUCAUUGCACCCAUUGCAAUUGGUUUCAUCGUGGGCGCCAAUAUCUUGGCAGGUGGUGCGUUUGACGGUGCAUCAAUGAACCCUGCGGUGUCAUUUGGUCCAGCUGUGGUUAGCUGGACCUGGAACAACCACUGGGUCUACUGGCUUGGUCCAUUUGUAGGUGCUGCUAUUGCUGCUUUAGUCUAUGAAAUUAUCUUCAUUGGCCAGAACACUCAUGAGCAGCUCCCUUCCGCUGAGGAUUACUGAGGAUGGAUUUAAUUUCCUCUUUUAUUCUCUAAAUCAAAUGUUGCAUAAUCGAUGUUCAAGGUUGUUGUUGUACGUUUUCCUAUUCUCUUUGUUUUCUUUCAAAAGUUGGUAAAGUUUCUUGGCUUUUCUUUAAAGAAAAAACAAGAGAUGCAA